AUGGCUUCAGGAGAUUCAAACAGGAAAGUGUCCUCUGUGUUCAUCACCUUGGCAAAACCUAACCAAACCAAAGUUGAGCAACGCAGUGGGAGGCAAAAGGGCUGGGUGCAUGCAGGGCCUUCCCAAAGGACCUCAGCAUCUCGUAGCUCUGCACCUGAAGAGCCUUCCCAAAAAUCUUCGUGGUCCAAGAACAGUAUCCACUCGGGAAACAAUAUGGGAGUCCUGUGGAAAAAUGAUACUGAGGAAGUUUCAGGCUUGUGCGGUUUCUGUCAGAGACCCAUACCUUUUACCGAAGCAGCAUUAACUGCUAUGGAAAAGAUUUACCAUAAAGGCUGCUUCAGGUGCACGGCAUGCAAUAGCCCUCUGGCUGGACAAAUGUUCUACCAGAAAGCAGAAGUCCCUGAAUGUGAAGCAUGCUAUGAGAAUGGUCUUGAACGUUGCUGGUCAUGUGGCCAAAAGAUAAAAGAAAAAUUACUUCGGGCACUCCAGCGGGCUUAUCAUCCCACUUGUUUUUCAUGUGUAACAUGUAAACAGCCGCUUCAAAAUUUCAUCCAGACAGAAACUGGAGAACUCUAUUGCCCUCUGGACUAUGGCAGGAAGUUUGCUAAGACCUGCAGUGCCUGUCACAAGAUAAUCAUGGCAAGUGAUGGGAGUAUUCCAGGACACAUUGAGAGUGAUGGACGCAUCUUCCACCAAGAGUGCUACAGAUGUGAGGUUUGUCACGUCAAGUUCUCUAUGGAGAAAAAGGAGCCUGACUGCUAUUCUUUGCACGGGAAAAGGCUGUGCCUCUCUUGCAUCAAAAAACAUCAGGCGACGACAAGAUAA